UAUUUUAGUUAGUAUGAUAAUGAUAUGAACUGAGUGAAGAAGUGGUCAUUUAUAUGGCCGAGUUUAACUUGUUUAGGACUGAGGCGUAGUAGUUGUUGUAUUUGUUUGUGGAUUCUCUCUUUCCCUUUAUUGGGUCAUGCUUAAAAGUUAAAGAUUCCAGCUUGGUUUCCUUCAAAACAGCUGUUGAGUGAGUUAAAGGUGGAAUCUUGGAUGAAAUUUUGAUUCUUUGCUUCACUGUUAGCUUGACUUUGAUUAUCAAAGUUUAUGUCUUUGUGGAUUCUCUCUUUCCCUUUAUUGAGUCAUGCUCAAAACAUCAAGAUUCGAGCUUGGUUUUCUUCAGAACAGAUGCUGAGUGAGUUAAAAGUGGAAUCUUGGAUGAAAUUUUGAUUCUUUGCUUCACUGUUAGCUUGACUUUGAUUAUCAAAGUUUAUGUCUUUGCGGAUUCUCUCUUUCCCUUUAUUGAGUCAUGCUCAAAACUUCAAGAUUCCAGCUUGGUUUCCUUCAGAACAGCUGCUGAGUGAGUUAAAGGCCCGUUCAUACUCGAUAUACCAAAACCACUUCAUUCGAUUAUAGCUGUUGCAGCUUUUAAGAAUUUGAAAGGAGACAGUUCUGCUUUCCUUGGAUAUGCAGUAUGAAGGACACUGGUAACAUCUCUCAGUACCGAGAUAAAUUGGAUCAGACAUUAUUGUCUCCUGAUCUUGUCAACAAUGAUUUACUUAAGAACCUUGUCAAGAAUCAAAUGCUACGCUUGUCCGAGUGUGAUCUUCAAGAAUGCAGUGACGAUCUGGUAGAGAGAAGAACCAAGGAAGUGGCAAACUUCCUGAGCAUGUUAAGGAGUACAUCUGUAACUGAUAGUGAGCAGUCAAAAUCUUCAGAAGCAGCAUAUGGUGCUUGGAAAGUGAAACAAGAUACUGAAGAAUACCGUGUUAUGUAUCGAGAGGGACCAGAAGGCACUCCUUUCCAUACCCUCCUUGUUGAAGGCUAUGUAGACGGCCCAGCAGAUGUUUGUUUAUGCAUCUCAUGGGGGGCAGAGUUCUACAAGAAAUGGUGGCCGCAAACCGCAAUUCCUACAUUUAAGAUUGUAGCCUCAGAGUGCGUGCAGAAGGUCAGAGAGGGUGAACAAAUAUGUCUAGUAAGGAUGAAGCUUUCAUGGCCAUUGUCAGCAAGGGAGGCCCUUGUACAUUUCUUUGUAUUUGAGUACUUUCAAGAAGGUCUGAUAGUAGUGCUUAUAAAUUCGAUCUCUGACGUAGAUAGUGUUGAUAGAAGUAUGCAUGGGUACUCGAAAGAAGGAAUGCCACUCCCGCAGGAUGUAGUACGAAUUGAUGUGGUGGGAGGUUUCGCUAUCCAGAAAGUUACUGAUAAUCGUAGCUACUUCAGGACUAUAGCAAACAUGGAUAUCAAACUGGACUUGAUUCCUCCUUCAUUCAUCAAUUUUGUCUCAAGGCAGCUCGUAGGUGCUGGUUUCAAGCUUUAUAAAAAGGAAGUAGCUUCAGUUCCCAAAGGUGACGAAGAUUUCAGCAAAGCUCUAAAAGAUCCACUAUAUGCUCGCAUACGAAAAGCUCUUUGUUCAGAUAAUAUACCUAAUGGCAACACGGCUUUGGAACUGCUAGACCUAAAGAAAGAUGUGGAUCAGCUUGAUGAAGAGAAAAUUAAUGCCAAUGGGGCUUUAGAAUUGCAAGAGUUCAAGGAAGAAACAUGUGUUAGUCUCGAUGAACGGACAGGAGAUGGAAACGGUGCUUUAGAACUCCAAGAUCCAAUAAGAGACGCCUAUGUUCAACCGGGACAAGUAAUACAAACAAAUGUUGAAGAUAAAAUCCCAGAGCAGAAGGAUGACUUUGGGGCUAAAGAUAACAAAGUUCAUAGUGAAAUUGAGGAAAUUAAUGAAGACACAAGUGAUAUGAUUGAAAGUUUAGAUGAGAAUGAUGAAAAAUUCCGCGAUUUUCCAGCUAAUCAACUCGUAGAUGUGCCUACCAACAAGAAGGAGGUUGUGAUUAGCUCUGAGGUUCGACAAGCUCUGGGAACUUUGGAGAAGGCUAUUUCUAUCAUUAGAGAUUUUGGAUAUAAUUUGGAAAUUAGGUCCGUUCCCAGCAACACUACUGUUAAGUCUGUCGGUGUAGAGGACAACGGACAGAAAGAUAGAAAAUCAUCAAAAACUGAUCGAAUUCAUGGAAGUGGCAGAGCUUGUGCUGAAUCGCCCAAAAAAGAAUUGUUAGAGGGGACUUCUUAUGAACACAGGAACAGCUCUGCUAGUCAUGGUUCCAGGCGUACGAGUUCUAAUUUGUGCAUGAGGGAAGCUAACCACAACAAGAAGAUUGCUCCUGCAUCACCGGAUGAUUAUGUUGAAACCUCUGGCGAAGCACGACAAGUUGUUGUACGUACCUCAGUAGACCAAAAGAAGGAAGAUAUCGUCACAGCUGUCCAUGCAGAUAGCGUCCACGGAAAAGAGAAUGGUAAAAGAAAGAGAAAGCUACCAUUUUACUGCUGCUUGUAUUUUUUCCCAGGACAAGUCAUGAGUUAAGUAAGAGAGCAAUUUGUUUAUAGGAAAGCAACUAUAGAUUACCUGUUAUUACGUAUGUAAAAUUCUCAUGGAAUUAAGGUCAAUACCAUAGUGUUCUAUACAACACAAUGUAACUAACAUGCUUAUAUUUAUGACACUAAUUUGAUAGUGACAGUACCACAAA